GCACACCUCCUUUUCUACGCCAUAUCCUCGCGCUUGAAUGCAUGGUCGACCACCUCUUGGAUCACGUUUAACCUUUUUUUUUGCCUUUUAUCCCCCUCGUUACCUUCGCCCUUCCACUCCCCGACUCUCCUCCCCCCCUUGACAUGAACCCAUUGAUCCAGUCGACGAGAGAGAGCUCGUCCGACCGCCUACCACAACAAAUCCCCGCCUGGACCCCAUCAUGGCCCCUCAAUCCAUCGACACUAAUGCUGAGGCAAUCUCCCUCUGGAAGAAGCGGUUCGACAAGCGACAUCCAUCAACAAACCCCGUGAUUGCCAUCCUUGAUAUCGAAUACAACGAGCUCGUCUUGUCUUGGAAGAAGCUCCAGGAGACUCUCACCCCGUCGGAUCUGGUCCAGUUCCAGGAACGCGCCCAGGGACCUGAGGAUGUCUUGAGUCUGGUGAGCAGCAUCGAGCCGGUCUGGACGUCUAGCGCAAGGCAGCGAGUGGUCCGUGACCAUUGCACCGAGCUGAGAUCCACCCUUCACGCCCACAGCAUCCUUUUGAGUGCCCUGCCGAAAAAUGAAGCAUACAUGUCUCUCUUCUACAGUGUCCUUCAGUCAACGCUCAAGGCAUCUGCACACUAUCCAAGGAUCAUGGAAGGAUACAUCAAAUCACUCGUCAUGAUCAACCGGUCCUCUUGCCUGGCCAUCACAGCAGAUCUAUCGUCCUGCUCAAAAGAAACAAUUCACUCGAUCGCGCAUUUCUACACACUGUUCUUCUUCUUCCUGGGCGAGUUCAUGGACUGGUUUGUGCGCCAAACCAAAUGUCGACUGCUGAAGAGUCCCAACCACAACGUGCAUCACACAUUCCGAGAUCUUGUCGGCCAUCUGCGGCACAGCGCCAAAGUAAUAAUCGGGGGAAUUGCUGAUAUGAUGGAUGUCGAUGAGGACGACAAUGAUACCGAGGAUAUUGCCGACACAACCUGCAACAGGGAGUUAUGUCUGUUCGAACAAGCCCGGUUGGAUCAGAUUGGCUUACAGCGGAGGGAUCGUCGCCACAAAGCAGAGAACGCUUUCAUUCGUCAUCUGGUCUGGGAAAUUGCGCAGGAUGCGGUCAAGCGCGCAAGGCUCUUGCGGGAGAGAGAUGCCUUACUUGCGCACUUGCUCGAUACCGUGGGCCACCAGAUCCGCCCGGUGAGCCAGCAAAAUACUGGCAUUGCUUGCUUAACGACAACAGCUUCUAGGGACAUAGACAUGGAUAGAUUCACAUCGAGCGAAGGAGGCCAGAAGCACAAGUAUACGCGUGCGGAGCUGCAGCUGGCUUCCAGUCACCUCGAGAACUUCUUCGACGCAGAUGAUCAGACGCCUGAGCUGGACCCUGAUGUGGAGGUGAUCGCAGAAGAGAAUGUCAUGACAUCUUUGCAACAGUGGGCGACCGAUGCAUAUUCCCAGGUGCUUGCCGUGGGAGGAUCGCCCACCACGGCUUUCCCCAGCCCCGUCCUGCUCAUUUCGACGUGCUACGCCAGCCUGGCACGAAAGGCCCGCUUGCCAGUCAUCUCUCACUUCUGUACCCGGUCCACCAACGGCACCGACGAGUUGACGUACGAGCAACAGUUGAUUGCCCUGGCCUACAGCUUGAUCCGGCAAUUGAUAGAAUACUUGCCUCCAGUGAUCAUCAGCCAUUCGGGAUGUAACCUGAGUGCAGAACGGUUCAAGCCGUUGAAUGGCACAUUGACUUCGUGGAAAGAAGUGCUCUCCCUGAUCGACAUACUCCUCUAUUAUGCCCCACCCCUGAUGGUGUGCGUGAUCCAUGGUCUGGACGCCAUCCAAGAUGCGUCCACUGACGAGCACAUACGCUCCCUGGUCCGCAUCCUUUUGACACACACGAGACACCAGACCGCCACCAUGGAAGGGGGCCUUGAAACGCAGAGCGUUCUGCUCAAGAUACUAUUCACUGUCGCUGGCCGACCGAGCUCGCUGGUGGAGACGCUGUCAGAGAGCCAGCUGAUCCUGCGCGAGUCGAACCAAACGGAGGAGCUGGCGACGACUGACUCUGCAUUAAGCCCCGAUGUUGGGGUCGUCAUGAUGAAUGCAUAAUACCAAAAGCACAUGACCA